AUGUCGUCGCUUCUUCCCAGUGCAGCCCUCCGCGGGCUCGCUUCAGCAUCCUCUUCCAGCUCUCGAUCCUUCAGCACCUCGAUCGUCACAUACAAGAAGUCCAACCGUGCUCGCGGUGCUGCACGAAAGUCGCCUCGCAAUCAGGUGCUCUUCACCGAGCUAUCUCCACGACUUAGACCCAAACAGGGCGGCAUUCCAGCAGCUGCCAGCGGCAAGUCGGGCAAAAAGGCUUCCAACAACCUCGAGCCAGCCGAAGGAGAGACGCUGCUGACGCUCGAGCAGGCGUGCGAGCAGCUGCAGUCGCACGGCGCAGCCAAACGUCCACUCAACGCCUUCGAGGUCCACAUCGUCACCUCGGUCUCGUCGCAUCAGACUAAUGCGCUGCGUGGGCGAAUCGCGUAUCCGCGAGACCCGAGGACCAAGCAGGAGCGACUGUUGAUUUUCGCCGAGGAAGGAAGCGAGGCUGCCGAGGCCGUCAAGGAGGUCGUCCAGAACGAGGCUGCUUCGUCGUCGUCGUCGUCGGGAGAACCGGGAAUUAUUGUUGGUGGAUCCGAACUCAUCUCGCAGGUCCUCAACAAUCGGGUGACGGGCUUCACAAAGGUGCUCUGCACCAACACGCUAUUGGGUGAGGUCUCCAAGGGUCUGGCAAGGUCGUUAGGACCAAAGGGUCUGAUGCCCAAUGCUCGUCGUGGAACCGUUGUGCCUUCGGACGACAGCAAGUCGAUCCUGAACGCGAUCCGCGAAUCCAAGGGCGCCAUGGACUGGAGGUCCGACAAGGUGGGUGUCAUUCGCGGCGCCGUCGGCCGUCUCAACUUUGACAAGCAGGACGUCAAGAAGAAUGUCACUACGUUGUUGGAUGCAAUCGUGCAGAAGGUGCCGACAUUGGGCUCGCAGCAGUCGUCACAAGGCGCAGUGCAGGCAAAGGAGUAUGCGGUCAGGGACAAGAGGUCGCCAGGAGAGCUCAAGAAGGCCGCCAACAUCAUCAAGCAGGUCCAUCUCAGCUCGACACAAGGGCCAGGGUUCAAGCUCGACCUUCGUGAUGUCCUGGCAUGA